UCAGAGAGCAAUUGAGUUUUUCUGACAUUGAGAAAAAACCCUAAACAAAUUGUUUAGGUAUGCAGCUUGCAGAGAUCAAUUAGGUUUUAUUUGACAAUUGGGAAUAGAGAGGAUGUGUGGAAUAGCACUGAUUAUUUCUGGAAUUCAGAUAGACUUAUCUUUUCUGAUACCCAAUUACACUUGCCCGUCCACUCAAUUUUGUGAUCUGUCUUUAGUGUCAGAGGAUGAUAUAAAAGCAGCUCUGCAGAGGAGAGGCCCCGACAGCUUAGGAGCUCAAAUUGUUAAACUUUAUUCAGAAGCUUCUUCAUAUGAUACGUUGAAAGAUUUUAUAGUGCAAUCUUGUGUUCAGAAAGAAGUGGCUGCGGAGAGUGGUUGUGGGAGUGAGUUCAAUGGGGAAUUGCUAUUUAUUGGGGCAACGCUGCAACUUAGAGGAGUGAAUCCGGUUGUACAACCAUUGAUUGAUGGAUUUCGCAAUGUUCUUGUUUACAAUGGCGAAAUUUAUGGAGGGAUUCAAUUUAAAAGCGAUAGCAAUGACACUGAGAUUCUUAUGCAGUCUCUGGAACGGUGCUGCUCAUGUAUUUCACAUGAAAAUGGAGGAUCUACGGCUUGUUCUGAAGGAAAUAAAGAAUCCGUUCCACAACUUCUCUCAAAAAUUAGGGGGCCAUGGGCUUUGAUCUAUUGGCAGGAUAGUUCAAAAACUCUGUGGUUUGGUAGAGAUGCAUUUGGAAGAAGAAGUCUUCUAGUUCACUGGCCAACACUUGAUGAUUCUCGUCUGCUGCUAUCUUCAGUGUCACCACCUUCUUCGACUCAAAAACAUUAUGAUACUGAGGAAGAGAAGGGGAAAACUGAAUUGGAUUUUUGGGAAGAGCUGUCAUGUGGUGUAUAUAGCGUCUCCAUAACUCCUUUGAAAAUGGGUGGAUAUCUAAUUGGAGAAGUUAGAAAACAUGGGUGGACCGAUGUUGGGCUAGAAGAACUGAUCAUGUGGGAGAGAACUGGCAUUGAGCCCAAACCAGCCAAUCUAAGUGAUUGCUUCAGUGAAUGUCCUCUUUUACAAGAUGCCGUGCUUUCAGAUUUUUCAUCGGAAUCAGGUUGUUUACGAAGGGUGCCUUUAGCAACAGCUCAUAAAGUGCUGAAGGCUUUGACAGAAUCUGUAAAGCGGCGGACCAGUUUGAACAGAAUCUAUCAGGUUUUUCUGGUGAAUCAUAGUCAAGAGAGAUAUGCUCCAAUAGCGGUGCUGUUUUCUGGUGGUUUAGAUUCUAUGAUAAUUGCUGCUUUACUGCAUCAGUGCAUUGAUUCUAAAUAUGACAUUGAUCUGCUCAAUGUCAGCUUUGAUGGCGAGUCAGCACCUGAUAGAAUCUCUGCCAGGGCUGGAUUGGUGGAACUUCAGAAGAUUGCACCAUCAAGGAGGUGGAACCUUGUCGAAAUUGAUGCUGACUUACUGAAGUUGACGUUUGAGACGAAGCAUGUCAUGGCACUUAUAAAUCCAUCUAAAACCUACAUGGACCUGAAUAUAGGCAUAGCAUUAUGGCUAGCUGCUGGAGGAGAUGGUUGGCUUUAUCAGGGCACAAGCAGCAAUGACGGCAUUCAAUAUCAACGCAUCAAAUUUAAGUCCGUGGCCAGGAUUCUCCUGGUGGGUUCAGGUGCAGACGAGCAAUGUGCUGGCUAUGGUCGGCAUAAAACAAAAUUUAGAAAUAAAAGUUGGCUUGGGCUCCAUGAGGAAAUGAAGCUAGACAUGCAAAGAAUUUGGAAGAGAAACUUAGGGAGAGACGACAGAUGCAUAAGUGACAACGGAAAGGAGGCAAGAUUCCCUUUUCUCGAUGAAGAUGUCAUCAGGACUUUGCUCGAUGUUCCUCUAUGGGAGAUUGCAAACCUCGAUCAACCAAGUGGAGUUGGCGACAAGAAAAUCCUGAGGGAGGUUGCACGAUUACUUGGUCUCGAUGAAGUGGCUCUUCUGCCCAAAAGGGCAAUUCAGUUUGGGUCAAGGAUUGCGAGGGAAUCGAACAGGAAAAAUUUCGGAAGCAACCGAGCUGCAAACCAAGCCUCUGCAGGAAGUGUGGUGAUUCAUAGAGCAUCAGAGUGAAACAAUCCCUGCCUGAAUUGCCAGAAGCACUAAUCUGUUUCUGUGGUUCAAGGGAAUUUUGAGGGACAACAGUUUUGACAAAUUUUAAGAAUUCAGAUAGUGUAAGAGCAAGGAUGAUUUGUUAUCUAUGCAACUCUUCUUGCCUUCCCUUAUUUGUUCCCUUUUUUAUUUAUAUAGCAAUUGCUUGUGAAAAUCGGUGAUUAUGGUUUUCAGAUCAUCUUUUAAUUUCUUCCGA